CUCAUUUUAAAGUCAAAAGUGGGGUUGGAGGUGGGGAGCUACUUUUGAACUUCUGUUUAGGUUUCAUCGCUGUGAUUACGGAUGCAAGCAAUGUUUGGGACUCAUUCACUGUUCUAAUGGAGAUUCGAGGAUGUUUAUUCAAUAAAUGCUGACAACAAGGCUGCAACACUGCUCCACACGGCAGAUAAACAGUGUUUUCACUCUUUAGUCCAUUCGGAAAAUUUUGAACCAAACGAUCACUCUGUCCGUUCAUCCGCAACGGUGAACUAAAUGGAUCUGAGCGAGGUUCGGCCGUAACAUGCAUAGAAACGAUGAACGGUAUAAUCGAAUUUCAGCGUCUCUGGUCACAUUUUACAAGUCGUGUGCCUGUUAAAUAUCAUACACUUCGAUUCAAACCAGAGAAAAAGCGAAGUUUGGAAAUUGUCGGCCCGCCUGUUUUUCAUCUACAAUAGAUCAUAGGAUUUGUCUUUCCCAGGAUGAAUCCUGAUUCAGUACUUCGGAUAGGUAAAGUAUUUUACACACCUUACGGGGGAGAAGGUGUAGACUUUGUGGAUCAAUUGAAUUAUCAGUUCACUGGAGGCCUUCUCAUCAUUUUUAUCGCUGUGAUUGGCAUUCGGCAGUAUGUGGGGAAACCGAUUCAGUGCUGGGUUCCACAGGAAUUCACUCACUCCUGGGAAGAAUAUGCCGAAAACCUUUGUUGGGUGCAGAACACCUACUUCCUACAUCCAAGCGACAAUGUACCCGAAGACGACUACGAAUUAACCAAGGUCAAACACAUUGGCUACUACCAGUGGAUAGCCAUCGUAUUAGCAGGUCAGGUGAUGCUCAGUUGGGUUCCCUACUUACUGUGGCGAGUUGGUUCCAAACGGUUGCCUAUUCUACUUCGCUCGGCAAAAGAAGCUUCGGUGCCAGACAGGGAAUUACGCCAAAAAGCCAUUUCCUGCCUUGUGGCCACGCUCGAAGAACAGGCCGAAUCAACAGCCAGAUACAGGCGAAUGACCAGUGGUCUGAAACGAUUCCUCUGUCAGCUUAGACCGAACACUCGGAUCACGUUUCUUUUCUUUAUUGUACGGUUUUGUUUUAUUGGAAACUCUGUUGGUCAGAUUUAUCUUAUGAAACAUUUCAUCGGAACAAACAGUACCAUGUUUGGUGUAGAAGUCUUAAACGAUAUUGUGAGUGGGAAGGAUUGGGAAACUUCAGGCAAAUUCCCUCGUGUCACAUUCUGCACAGUGCGGGUGAGAAAAAUGGGACAAAUCAAACCAGCCAGUUACACACUUCAGUGCGUUCUACCGAUCAACUAUUUUGUGGAGAAAGUUUACGUGUUCCUCUGGUUUUGGUUCGUGAUUCUCACCUGCAUCACCUUACUGAGCACUAUUCAUUGGGCUUUCAAUACUCUCCUACCAGUUCGACGAAUUGCCUACAUCAAACAAUACAUUCGUGCUAUUCGACAACUUUCCAACACUGAGGAGCGAGACUGCACUAGAUUUGUUAACAACAACUUGGGACCAGACGGUGUACUCAUUCUACAAGUAGUUUCACGUGUGUCCAGCGAUCUGAUUGCCCUAGAUGUGACAGCCACGUUAUGGAGCAAUUAUCGACAUGCAAAAAUUACAGGGACGGAAGAGGAUAUCAAUCGAUUUUUAGAGACAGUGAACAGGAAUUCCACGACCGCUGUAUAGCUAAAAAUCGGUUGGAUCCCCUGCCAGCCCCAUUGUUCAUCCCAUGUGGAUCCGACCGAAAUGUCUAACUUUUUAUAUCCGAUGUCUUCAGUUGUACAAAAAUACUUUUUACUUGGUUUGAUGGACGCCAUUUGUACCAGGACAUCAGUGUUCUCAUUUGCUGAACUUCAGAGAGACAACGAGACAGCAGUCCAGAAGAUGAAGAGCACAGACUGCCUUAUAUGGAUUGUUGCUCACAAAUAAUUUGAUUUACGCCUCUUGACUGUCCGCAGGGGGUGAUGGUUUUGUGCGUGAAUUUGCACAAAUCACACACACCGGACGCAAUACAAUCUCCACCCGCUAUUCUCCCUUUCCCAACUUCCGUCGUCAACGUAACGCCCGCACCUCCUCAGGAGUGUGACCACACCUUGUUUUGCUCAUGUACUAGCAGUGUAUACUUGAAAGUGACCUAAUUAGUGAUGUUCCUCUUCCUUCCAACCCAGCUUUCCAAAUUUUUACCCAUUCUUUUAUUUCUGCCAGAGGUUAAC